UAAAAAAGAAGACUCGAGGUCAAAUGACGUACUGCAACUGCUGUGGCGAGAAACCAAAUCUAUAAUACAUUUAAACUUCAUUCGUGUUGGUCGUUGCGUGUAGUGUGCAUCAUUAAAGUAUCAUUAGUUUUAACUAUAAAUUUAUUCUUAUUAAUAAUAAUUAAUUUUUGUGAUAAUAAAUCAUCUGAUUCAAAGGAUUUUGAGUUAAUGUGAAAACAUUUUUAUUGAUGAAAAGAUGGGCAAGUGGCUAGGCCUGUUUCUUGCUGUUGCAGCAUUUUCAAACAUAUGCGACGCAUACAGAAUAUUGGUUGUAUUCCCUUUGCCUGGCAAGAGUCAUAAUAUAUUAGGAGUUAAUAUUGUUAACCAUUUACUGAAGGCUGGACAUGAGGUUACAUACGUUACGCCAUUUCCUGUCAAGAACCCUCAUCCAAAAUUACAACAAUUAGAUGUCAGCGAUAAUUUUGACUUAAUGGACGAAAAAAUGUUGAAUGUGAAGGCAUUGUUAAAUAAAGAAAUCAGCUUUAGUAAUCCUAUAAAAAUGUUUACAUUCACAAUUGAAUUAUUUGAAAAAACCGUUCAAAAUCCUAAUGUUGUGAAAGUGUUCAAUGACACUAAUCAGAAAUUUGAUGCAGUGAUAUCUGAAUGGAUGUACAAUGAUGCUUAUUCUGGGAUUGCUACUUUGUUCGAUUGUCCUUUCAUCUGGCUUUCCACUAUCGAGCCACAUUGGAUUAUACUUAGUUUGAUUGAUGAAAGUACAAAUCCAUCUUAUGUGCCAGAUAGUUUGUCAAGUAAUAUACCGCCAUUCAAUUUCAAAGAACGAGUCAGUGGAUUAUUCUUCCAGCUUUUAAGUUCAGCAUUUAAAACUUUUUACUUGAAUGGCGUCAUUGAAAGAGAAUUUGAAAGAUUGCUCGGGCCCUAUUUAACUAAGAGAGGAAAAGCUAUUCCUUCAUUCAGUGACGUUAAUUACAAUGUGUCUCUAGUUUUGGGAAAUUCUCACGUAUCUUUAGGACAAGCAAUAAGAUUACCCCAAAAUUACAUACCUAUUGGAGGAUACCAUAUAGAUCCUGAUGUAAAACCAUUACCAGAAGAUCUGAAAAAAAUAUUGGACAAUGCGAAAAAUGGCUUAAUAUACUUCAGCAUGGGAUCGAACCUAAAGAGUAAGGAUCUUCCAGAUGAACUAAAACGUGGAUUCCUCAAUAUUUUUAGUAACUUGAAACAGACAGUGCUAUGGAAAUUUGAAGAAGCAAUUCCUGAUUUGCCCAAAAAUGUUCAUAUUGUGCAGUGGGCUCCACAACCUAGUAUAUUAGCACAUCCAAAUUGCAUUCUUUUCAUCACACACGGUGGACUUUUGUCUACGACAGAAACAGUUCAUUUUGGAAAACCUAUUAUUGGAAUCCCUGUAUUUGGUGAUCAGUUCACUAAUAUCGAAAGAGCUGUGAAUAAAGGAUUCGCUAUAAAAGUAACUCUGUCUUACACAAUGUUGGACGAGUUUAAAGUUGCUAUUGAUGAAGCUCUGAACAAUCCCAAAUACAGAAACAAAGCGAAAGAGCUCUCAGCCAUUUACCACGACCGUCCCGUGUCUCCUGGUAAAGAGUUGGUGCACUGGGUGGAGCACGUGGUGCGCACGCGCGGCGCGCCGCACCUGCGCUCACCGGCGUUGCACGUGCCUUUCUAUCAGAAGUUCUAUUUAGAUUUAUUGGGAAUUAUUGUAGCAAUUCUUUCAGUAAUAGUAAUUGUAUUAAAACGAGUAUUAAAAUUGAAGUGUAAGAAAAAAGAAAAUCUGAAGAAGAAGAAGAACUAAUAGAUUCUUCUAAUUAAUUUGCUAAUUAUUAUGUAUGUUUAAAAUAAAUAUUAUUUCAAGUAAUCAAA